AUGCGCGUUCCGCCGCCGCGCGUGCGCAGUGCGCGGCGCGGCCAUGGCGGGGUCGGUGCGGGGGCCGUGGCGCGGCGGUUCCUGUCCGAGUACGCGGCGGCACCGCGGCGCCUCAAGGCGCUGGACGCCUUCCUGCUCUACGUGCUGCUCACGGCGCGCUGCAGUUCGGAUACUGCCUUGGCGUCGGCACCUUUCCCCUUCAACUCCUUCCUCAGCGGCUUCAUCUCCGCCGUCGGCAGCUUCAUCCUGGGCGUUUGCCUCCGGAUCCAGAUCAACCCCCAGAACAAGGGCGAGUUCCAGGGCAUCUCCCCAGAGCGGGCGUUCGCCGAUUUCCUCUUUGCCAACACCAUCCUCCACCUCGUCGUCAUCAACUUCGUUGGCUGAGCUCUGGGAGAGGCUGCUAGGUCUUGAAUUGCUCCUGAGCUCUGAUGGCAAAACCUGGCAUAGGGAAGUGCAGUUCCCCAGCAGACUCUCACCUUCUGCCUUGGUGGAGGAAGGGACUCAGGUUUUUCCCCACAGUGUCCUAUGGAGGGGUCUGCAGCCUCAUUAUGUACCUGUAAUCCUUUCCGUCAAUAAAACCCUGUGUGACACUGCA